GUUGAAAAAAUGGGCAAAAAGGGCCGGAGUCUGGAAAGAGUCUGAGCUGAUGGCAGAUCUGUGCGGUGGAUCAGCAUCGCGCCAGCGGGUUUUUGCAAAAUCUCCUCUUCUUCUGCGGGAAUGAGAGCGGAAAGCUGCGCUGGAGGGACAAAGUUCAGCUUGAGCAGAACUCUUGUGAGGGAGCAGCCUAAAAUGUGGAUGAACUGACAUUUCCUCCUCCACCAGGGCUGAUUACUCAACUUAAAACACCGAGCAAAGCGUCGCUCCCCUUGGAAAAAAAUGGCCGUCCGUGGCAACUCGCUGAUGCCUUUUUCCAUCCAGGCCAUCCUGAACAAAAAGGACAGCAGCAGACACUUACCAGAGCUGGACGUAUGCUUCUCCAAAGCGGCGUGUUGGAAAAUAUUCGGAGAGAUGAACGACGAAUCCGGGAGGACCGACGAUGCGUCCUGUGUGCGGACAGAGCAGAAAAGCUACGACUCGGACUCCGGACUCAGCGACGACAACGACGGAAAGACUCCGGCCAUGCGCAAGCCGGAGAGGGACGGCGAGCCGGGGUCAGAUGUGCCAGAGGAGAGCCUGCAGGAGGAGACGGACCAUGAGUCUGCGGCUGCGGAGAAUGCAAAGAGUGACAGUGAGCCCAACAAUACUACGGACUCCAGUAACCCAGACGAGAAGAACCUGGAGCAGCCCAAGCAGCGGAAGAAGCGCUCCAGAGCCGCCUUCUCCCACGCACAGGUCUUCGAGCUGGAGCGCCGCUUCAACCACCAGCGGUACCUCUCCGGGCCCGAGCGGGCGGACCUGGCGGCCUCCCUGAAACUGACAGAGACACAGGUCAAGAUCUGGUUCCAGAACCGCCGCUACAAGACGAAACGCCGGCAGAUGGCCGCAGACUUGAUGACAUCCACCCCGGCGGCCAAAAAGGUAGCGGUGAAGGUUCUAGUGCGGGACGACCAGAGACAGUACGGCCCCGGGGAGAUCCUGCGGCCCCCGCUGCUCUCCCUACAGCCUUCUUACUACUACCCGUACGCGUACUGCCUCCCUGCGUGGACACUGUCUGCGUGUGCGGGGAAUCAGUGAGAACCCUGAGACUUUUAUUUAUUAUUCAUUUGUUUGCUUCUCUUCCCGGGAACCAACAUAACUUUACGUUUUUUUUUUGUUUUGUUUUUUUGACAAGAAGAAGAGCCCUGAGGGGAAAGUUAAUGAGCUCUGCAUCCCUGAUUUGUCAUUGGGUUGUUCCUAGACUUUUUUACACUCUCAAAUACUUUAAAUAAUAUGUUAGUAAGAGUCUGUGUCUGAUCUGCAGAUGUACUUAUAAACUAUCUGGAAUGAUAUAAAAAACUGAUUUAUGUCAUUUUAUCUCGAUGCUGGGACCCCCUCAAGAACCCUACAGACUUAAAAUGACACCUUAUAUGAUUUUACAUGCGCCUUCCUACCUCUGCAGUGAUUGGAAAUAGAUAUAUUCCAUUGACAUUUUUUAAAACGAGCAACUCUCUGUUAGAGAUUGUGUUUGGGUUUUUUUUUAUUAAUUUUUUGCUGUGUUUGUAAAGGUAAGAUAUUUAAGCACUUUUGAGCAUAUAUGUCAUUUUUCUUCGUGUAAAAUGCAUGCAGCGCGCAUGUGCGGGUUCGGACUUAAAAGAAGGGCUUGUUGGGCCUGAGAGUGGCGCGAAGCGACUUCUGACUGAAAUUUGCAUGUUUUUGUGUUGAAUGGUUGUUUAGAUCGAAUAACAUUAAAACAUAUCAGGCAUUAAUUAUUGGAUCUGGAUGCGAUUUUUUUUUGUUUUGCGUUCUUUUACUGGGAACAACGUAGAAAACAAGGAUGUUUUCCAACAUUUUGGAGCGUUAUUCCAUUUUUACGCACACAUUAAUUUGCAAAGUGGUCAGGUAAAAUGUAGGCAUGAUCAGUAAUACUAAUUACCAGUUCUCUACAUUGUAUUCUUUAGUUUAUUCUAUACCCAUCUGCAGUGAUCAGGGAAUUGAACUGAUUUGGUUAAAUCAUUUCCAUGCCUUGAACUGGUUUUUCUGUUUCCUCCAGGGGAAACUCCCGGGGCUUGAUAUUAAAAACAAAACAAAAACAAUGAUUUACUUAGUAAAUAAAGUGUAAUUUUAUUUCACUCUCUCGUCUCUUUACAACAUAAUCCGUCAGAUAUUUUAUUUCACCUGAGCCAUGGUAGCUUUCCUCCUGCCACACCAUGAUGAAUAGCUCUGUAAUUCCUGCACAGGCCGAACUGACAGCUACCUUUACGGCUCUAUGUCAUCACAAGCAGAGGAGUAUUCCGGGGUUAAGGAGGCCCAUGUCACUUCACCUACAUUUAAGAACAAAGAAUAGGUUUCUCGUUUUGCCCUUUGAGCGGUUUUCCCCCUCCUUUAUGCUAAAGAAACGCUCAAAUGCCUCUUUCUUCGCGGAUUGAGGUUUUUAUAUUGGAACUGAAAUAUUGCAGGAGUCGCGUAGGCUUGUUGUUCCGAGUAUAUUUACAGCCUGGGUGUUAAGUUGAGGUCAGAAGGGAGCUGCCGUGCGUGCAAUACUCCCUCAUCUUUGACCUUGUAAAGGCUUAUUCAAUCCCCUACUUGAGAACAUUGGACUGCAAAUCAGUCAAAACGUACUGAAAUCCACUUAAUAUUGUCUGCUUCAGAUGGCUGCGUAUCAACCGUUUCCCUUCAUUUUUGUUGCGCAACAGUCUUACACACCGCUGAUCUGUUAGAUGUCGGCAUGCGAUCCAAAGCAGCCAACGCAUCCUUGGUUGCUUCGGAUUUCGAAACGACACACAGUGAUGAUAGUGACGAGUGGACCGUCCCACAUAUACCAUGUAUAUGUACCUGCAUGUCUACAUAUAUGAUACAGAGGGACAUAUAGGAGCUGGUAUUCCUUUCAUCCUUGUAUUUAGGAGGGAAACAUCCCUAUUGGCGUCCAUCAUCCUGUCUCCCCAUUAUUUCUUUAUUGCGUAGACGCACAAUAAUAGCCCAAUUUGGGCGAUAAAUGAGCAAAUACUCUU